AUGCUGGCCGAGGGCCGGGUCACCCUGAGGGCAGCCCUCUGGCUGCUCGGGCUCUGGGCAGUGCUGGCCGCUGUCCAGUGCUCUCCGGACCGCCCCUCAUGGCGCUACGUCUCCACGGAGGUGGUGAUUCCCAGGAGGGAGCAGCACCAAGGCAAGGAGGCCCAGGUGCUGGGCUGGCUCUCCUACAGCCUGCGUUUUGGGGGACAGAGGCACGUUAUCCGCCUGCGGCGCAAGAGGCUCUUUUGGCCUGGGUACCUGAUGAUGACUCAGGAUGACCAAGGAGUCCUGCAGACGGACCACCCCUUCGUCCCUGAAGACUGUUACUACUUUGGCUACCUGGAGGAGAUCCCUUUCUCCAUGGUCACCAUGAACACGUGCUACGGGGGUCUCCAGGGUUAUAUGAAGUUGGAUGACCUUACCUAUGAAAUCAGCCCCCUCAAGCAUGCUCGAAAGUUUGAGCACACUGUUUCUCAGAUGGUGGCAGAUGCCAGCGCAAUGGGACUGAUGCACAGACCGGGGUAUGAGGAGGAAAGGGACCCUCUGCUCUCUCCAGCAAACAUCACUGCAGUCCCCCGAUUUUCUAGUAAGCUGUAUUUCUUCCAUGUAGCACAUAUUAAAGGAAUAGUGCAGUCUACUAAUGCAUUUUACCGAACCGUAAACAAUGUGUCAAUAGCUGUUCAGUACCUGGUGGAGGUGGGCAAUAUCAUUGAUGCAGUUUAUCGUGGUCUUGAGUUAAGGUUUUAUAUUAGCGUCCUACACAUUUUCGAUGUCAUGGACCCAGUCAGCACUAAGUCUCUCAGACCAAAUAGUCCAUACUUCAACUUCUAUGAAAGAACCCUAAUUCCUAUUUUUAGAUCACAUACUGGCAUAGUCUUUAAUACCAUUGAGCCACCAGAUGGUGCCGUUGUUCCAUCCCUGUAUAGUUUCUGCACCAGAAAUAAUUUGAUUGCAAUGGCUACAUCAGGGAAAUCUAUCCUACAAGUGGCUCUCUAUGUGUGCUUUCUAAUCGGCAGGAGUAUUGGUCUGUAUUACGACAACUAUGACUGUGUUUGCCAGAGAAGGACCACCUGCAUUAUGAAUGGCUACCAGUCACUGACAGACGCUUUCAGUAACUGCUCCUUCUUGCAUUUAACACAUGUAUUAUCGAGUGAUACAAGCUCUUGUAUGUAUGAGCAGCACUUGGUAUAUUACAAUAAAUCAAUGACACACGAACGUUGUGGAAACGGAGAAGUGGAAAAUGGGGAGCAAUGCGACUGUGGCUCCUUCAAGGAGUGCUAUAACAACCCAUGCUGUGACAACCUCUGUUCCUGGACUGCUAAAAGUAACUGUGAUGUAGAAACAUGCUGCACAAACUGCACAUUCUCCAACCCUGGGACGCUCUGCAGACCCAUCCAGAGUAUAUGUGACCUUCCUGAGUACUGCCGUGGGGUAAGCAAGACCUGCCCUAAAGAUGUUUUUAUGCAAGAUGGAACCCCAUGUGGUGAAGAGGGCUACUGCUUUAAUGGAAGUUGCACUGACCGCAAUGUGCAUUGCAAGGAAAUCUUUGGUAGAGGGGCUUUCAAUGCUCCGGAUGACUGCUAUACUCUAAACAGAGCAGCCAACCGAUUUGGACACUGUAGAAGAACUGCUACCUCUCGCUUCUUUAUAGCUUGUAAGAAGGAGCAUCAGCUUUGUGGAAGGCUGCAGUGCACCAACGUCACCUCUCUCCCUCGGCUGCAGGAACACGUUGGAUUUCAUCAAACUCAUAUGUCAGGGUCCUUGUGUUUUGGGCUGGACCUACACCGUGGGCAAGGAACCAUUGAUGUUGGCCGAGUGAGAGAGGGUACCCUCUGUGGUGAUGGAAUGUACUGUUUAAACACCUUCUGCAACAAUUCUGUGAGUAAAAUAGAGUAUACAUGUCUCCCUGAGAAAUGCAGCUCCAGAGGAGUUUGCAACAGUGAAGACAACUGCCAUUGCCACGUGGGCUGGGCACCUCCGCUUUGCAAAACCAAGGGUGACGGAGGGAGUGAAGACAGCGGGCCCCCUCCAAGUCGAUUUCGUUCAGUACCAUAUGAUGAAACAAUUAUAGUCUAUGAGAGACUGGUGUUCGCUCGCCUGUAUGCCUUGACAGCUGCAUUGCUCUUUGGUGUGGCCACAAAUGUAAAAACUAUCCGGACCAGCAAAAUUAAGGAAGAGACCGUACAACCUGUGUAA